GCUGGAAAGCAAGAAAGAGAUCAUGUCAGACAGCUCUGUCUCUCUCCUGGAUAAACACACCCCUGCCUCCCCUACUCCUGCUCAUCUCACAGCCAAGAGCUGCUGCUGAAAGUAGUGCUGCCGACACGUGCAACUGCCUGACAUUUCCAGGAUUACAGUAUGACAACGUUGCUACCAUCUUGCGCAUGGAGCUUCUACACUUGUAUUAGUGUAUGAUUACAUUUCUCUACCUGCAUUUAUUCUAGCCUGUCCUGGAUGCUGUAUUUCAUCUCCUUUGGGAAGUUUACAAACUUUUACCAGCACCCUUUACAAAUCACACAGCUCUCUCUCUUUCUAAAGUUUGUGGAUGAGUAGCAAUUGGCACUUUUGGAGCUGAAGUCCUGCACUUUGCAGCUUUUCAGGUACCUCCUUCCUUGUUUCAGGAUUAGGGGGUGCACUUGUAAAUGUUGUGCUGGGAUUACUGGGAUUGACGGCGGAUUACAAAACCUCUGGGAUGCCUGAGAUUUACUUUACAGACAAGCUUUUUUGAAGACUGAACUGAUGGUAAAAUAACUAUUUAAGAAGCUGGGACAUGUGCCAUGGAAAUUGUGAAUGGCGAUAUAAAUAGUCACACGGAUAUACUAUAUAAUGGGUACAUGAACAAAAGCUUUCAAGCGUGUCCCAAGGAGAGGAACACUAGCACUAUGGCUAUUUGUGAGUUUGAGCAUUGUGAUGUAGGUGGUGCUACCACAGAGUUGCAGAUGGAGGAUGCAGCAGGCAGGUAUGAAAAGAAAGCAAAGGGGACCAGAAUUUGGAGUUUUGUGAGCAGAAGGAGGAUGAAUUUAUCAAGGAACAAAAGGCCUCAGUCAAUGAUACUCACUACUGAGAUAAAUGAGCCUAAGCCUAAACUGUCUUUCAUGGACAAGGUAAGAUCUUUCAAAAGGUUACGGUCAUCUAUGUUCUCCAAAACCUCAGUGCUUUCCAAUUCCAAGGCUAAAGUUCAAAGCUCGCCUACUGAAAACACUGAUGUGAAUAACACUCUUACUUUGUUUAGAACAAGGAAAUUUGCAGAUGGCCAAAGGCCUUACAGGCAUUCCUAUGCUGGGUAUAUUGGUGAUCUAGACUGUUCAUUUGAAGACAUUGAGCUUAACACUUGUAUCUCUGAAUGUGACUCUAAUGCGAACAAAUGGCUUACAGACAUGGCAGUUGGAAUGAAUGGGGAUACAGACAUUAUGGAUAGUCAAAGUUUGACCAGCCAUCGCAGACACGCCUUUACUACUAAGAGCUCAACUAUUGCUGAGGGGGAAAUCCAAAGAAGAGGUCUUAAAAUCCCACCUGAGCACCGCAGGGGCCACACCUCUUACAUGUGGAAUUAUCUGAAAGGGAUUUCAUUGAAUACCAAAGAAAGCUCAAAUGUAGAAGAUAAAAUAGAUAAAAGUGCUUUUGAUAAUUCAGAACUCGCAGAUACUUCUCCAGUUGCCACUGACAAAAGGACAGAGGAUAUUGUUGAACAGACAAAGACAACCAAUAACGCCACUGCCACCAAAUCCAAAAAUCUUGGUGGGGUCUUUAGGUUUUUCAGCAAUAUGGCAGAGGCAGCCAGAAAGUGGCGAAACACUUCCAGAUCUUAUACAACUGAGAAACAAACUUCUCAGUUAACUCCACGGACUCCCAGACUGCACAACACUGAAAGCAAGGAACCUCUAGUUAUAGAAAAUGAAAACGCUCUAACACUUUCACUAGAACUUCCUAGAUUGACUGAUCUGGUUACAUGUGAUAGCCUUGCUCAGAGCCACCUACUUAGUCAAGAUAUUUUACCCUUCCCCACAUCAGAGGCAGAGUCUGAUGGCCCACUGUCAAUACAUAAAAAAGUAAGAGAAGAAAUGACAUAUUUGGGCAAGAACCAUUUUGAGGAUAAAGAACUCACACAGUCUUCAUUUGAGGAAAAAAAUAAUUCUAGAACAGAAAGUCCCAGUCAGUGCUUGGAUACACAUUCUAUAAAUUCUAUAACCUUAGAUGAGUCCAAAGAGGAAUGUUUUCUGGGAAUAACCCCUGAAAAAACAUUUUUACGGGAACGGAGCCAUUUGGAGGAAUUAGAAGAUCCAUUUGAAUAUAGAGAUUCUGCAACCGAGUCUCAUUUAGGCUUGUCCACUCCUUCUUCAUCUUGUGAGGAGGAGCAGUGGGAGCAACAAUUGCAUGAUGUUACCAGAGGAGAGGAGGAUAUGACAAAACCUCAGUGUGGCAGCCAAAGUUCUGUGUUCAUACAGGAGCAAGUUCCAGAUCAUCAGGAGCGGGAUCUAUAUUACCAGGAGCAGAGUCCAAAUCACCAGAAGCAGGGUCAAAAGCACCAGGAACAGUAUCCAGCUCAUGAGAAAGAUCAAGAUUACCAGGAGCAGGAUCCAGAUCAACAGGAGAAGGCUCAAGAUUACCAAGAGCAGGAUCCAAAGGAAGAUGCUCAUGAAAAUGCCAAAAUCAGUGACUUGGAUAAUGAUAGCAUCUUCCCAAGUGACUCUGAUACUGACCAGCAGGGCAAUGGAUACGAACAGACAAUACCAUUCCAACCUUUUGAUGAAUUAGAGAAUGAGAACGUCUUACCGCCUCUGCGUCUUCAUCCAACUCCACUCAAAGUGCCCAAUUCUUACAAAUUCCCACUGGACAGAUGCAUGUCAUUGCCUUUAUCCCAGAGCACUCCAUCUGGUCUUGACCAUGUGGGGUGGAUAAAGAGGAGGUUGUUGACUUCAGGAGAAGCUGACUUAGGCUCCAAGACUCUACAAGUCCGAGGCAGCAGAAAAGCAAAAAGUGCAUGGAAAGCCAUAAAGCCGGGAUCAAAUCAGUUUCCUGUACAUAAGCUGAUCAAUGGUGGAAAUAUUGUAAGUGCUGAGGCAGCAUGGGAUCAUGUCACCAUGGCCAACCGUGAGUUGGCGUUUAAAGCUGGUGACGUCAUCAAGGUCCUGGAUGCUUCUAACAAGGACUGGUGGUGGGGUCAGAUCGACGAUGAGGAAGGAUGGUUUCCGGCCAGCUUUGUCAGGCUCUGGGUGAACCAAGAAGAUGGUGUGGAGGAAGGGACAAGCGAGGUGCAGAAUGGGCACCUGGACCCGACCUCCGAUUGCCUGUGCAUUGGCAGAACACUUCAAAACCGAGAUCAGAUGAGAGCUAACGUCAUCAAUGAAAUCAUGAGCACAGAGCGGCACUAUAUUAAGCACUUGAAAGACAUCUGUGAGGGUUAUUUAAAGCAAUGCAGAAAGCGGAGGGACAUGUUCAGUGAUGAGCAGCUGAAGGUGAUAUUUGGGAAUAUUGAAGACAUAUACCGGUUCCAAAUGGGUUUCGUCAGAGAUCUUGAGAAGCAGUAUAAUAAUGAGGAGCCACACCUUAGUGAAAUCGGGCCUUGUUUUCUGGAACAUCAAGAUGGGUUCUGGAUUUACUCUGAGUACUGUAACAAUCACUUGGAUGCCUGCAUGGAGCUCUCCAAACUCAUGAAGGAUGGGAGAUACCAGCAUUUUUUCGAGGCAUGCAGGCUGCUCCAGCAGAUGAUCGACAUUGCCAUUGAUGGAUUUCUUCUAACCCCUGUACAGAAGAUCUGCAAGUACCCACUUCAGUUGGCCGAACUAUUAAAGUACACUGCACAGGAUCACAGUGAUUACAGGUAUGUGGCAGCCGCUCUCGCUGUCAUGAGAAACGUCACACAACAGAUAAACGAGCGAAAGAGGAGGCUAGAAAAUAUCGACAAGAUUGCGCAGUGGCAGGCGUCAGUCCUGGACUGGGAGGGAGAUGAUAUCUUGGAUCGCAGCUCAGAACUUAUCUACACUGGUGAGAUGCAGUGGAUUUACCAACCAUAUGGACGCAACCAGCAAAGAGUUUUCUUCCUCUUUGAUCACCAGUUGGUUCUUUGUAAAAAGUUUAGUUGCAAGUCUUUGCGAUUUUUCCAGUGCAUUAAUAUCUUUCCUAUGGACUGGUACCCAAGGCGCCUAAAACUGCAGGACCUCAUACGGAGAGAUAUCCUGUACUACAAGGGUCGCAUGGAUAUGGAUAAAUACGAGGUAAUAGAAGUAGAUGAUGGAAGGGACGAGGACUUUAAUGUGAGUGUGAAGAAUGCAUUUAAGCUUCAUAACAAGGAGACAGAUGAGGUGCAUAUUUUCUUUGCCAAGAAGCUGGAGGAAAAGCUAAGGUGGCUUCGUGCCUUCCGAGAGGAGAGGAAGAUGGUGCAAGAAGAUGAGAAGAUUGGUUUUGAAAUAUCUGAAUACCAGAAGAAGCAAGCAGCAAUGACUGUAAGGAAAGUUAGCAAGCAGAAAGCUGGUGUCAGCUGCCCUCGCUCCGUUCCUCCAGCAUAUCCGCCCCCUUUGGAACCCGGGGCCAUCCAAGGACAGUAUUUGGUGACCGAUGGCAUUUCUCAACCACAAGUUUUUGAGUUCACGGAACCCAGGAGAAGUCAAUCUCCAUUUUGGCAAAACUUCAGCAGGUUGACGCCUUUCAAAAAAUAAUACAGAGAUAAAUAUAUAUAUAUAUAUAUAUAUAUAUAUAUAUAUAUAUAUAUAUAUAUAUAUAUAUAUAUAUAUAUAUAUAUAUAUAUAAAGAAGAAAAUUAUAUUUAUAGGUGGACUUUUUUUCGGAGAAGCCUAGUCGCAACUAAACUAUGAAAGGACCAAAAAUUAAGUAAGAUAGGAAUAUUAACUAAAAACUUUCUUUUUAAAAAAUAGUUUUUUUCCUGUUAGAAAACAGGAACUGGUCAUCUUCGAAAAUCUCCACAAGACUCAUUUUCUCUCUGAAAAGCUCAUUUGUGACCAUGAAACAUGCCCAUACUGUGGCAUUCUCAGGAUUCCACUUCCUGUGUGUGCUAGUGACAAAAUCAUGGCUUGUGGUUUAUUGGUUCCAGGGAAAUAUUGCACAUUUUUAGAGAGCAGCCACUUCGUUAUUAAGGGAAGCCAAGAGCAGCCUGAUCACGUUGCACAACCUGCAUUCAUUUGAAGAAAUCUCGCCCAUCGUAAAUGUUAAGGCCUGCAGCUGCAGUGGGGAUUUCCAUAUAUGUCAAGUCCCUCUAGCACUGAAGGAGUUAACCCAUCUUCAUAUCAUUAUACCCUCAUUAUUGUACUUUUUUUUUUUUAAUUGCAAUUCAUCAUCUGAGUUUUCACAAAGUGAAUGCAAGGCAUUUCUCUACACUGUAUAGAGGCUGAAUUCAUGGAAUUAGAGUAUUUGGUAAAACUAGAGAGACUGCAACUGAUACUGCCUGCACAUUUCCAGAACUUCUGAGUUAUUUCCAUUUGUGUCAGCGCGGCGUGUGUUUACAAGCAGGCACACCAGGGACACUAGAGAUGAACCACUUAACUGUCAGUCUGUGCACUCUUCUACCUAUUUUUGAGCUGUGCCUGUAAAGGGAAAGUCUUUCUCGGUGGACCUGCCAGUCUUUGCUCACUGCUUUUGUUGUUUUGUAGAUAUUCUUAGUGAUGACAAGUCAUGAAGGGAACAAUACUAAACUUUUUCAUUCCUCAUUACUUUGGUGAGCAGACUUGCAUUUUUAAUGAUCAAUCUGUGGUGAGCUUUAUUUUUAUGUUCUGUUUUUCUUCCAAAGAAACCCUUUUGUUUAUUCUGUUAAUUUAUACCCAUUAUUCUGCAUAUGUGCCAGCAUACAAUCUUCCCUUCUGCAGUGGCUUUUAUUCAUUUGCUGAGUCCUUUUAGGUGAUCCCAACACAGACCAUUAGCAACACUUGUAGAGGCCUCCAGCUCUUUUAGGCUUUUGGUGGUUUAUUAGUAUGCUUUCUCAACCUUAAAGCUGCCACCAACUGGCUCCUUCCAGAGAUCUCUGGAAGUUUAUUCCAGAGUCAGUGUCUGGGAUGCCAAACCACCAGCCCGUUGGUUGCACCAGUGAAAAGCUGUUGCAUUGAGGAAGCACGGUAAUAUAUUUGCACAUGGAUGUUUUCUGCAUUAUGCUGUUUUGGAGGAUAUACAAACAGAUCCAGAUACUAAUGGGACACACUAAGGUAAAAAAGAUAUAAAAGUUUCCCUUUAGUUUUUAGUUUUUUUUUUUAAAUCUCUGCCAUCUCAUUUUUACAUGGGUGACAUUAAGGGGGUCAUAUCCAAAUUUUUUUCAAAUCUGAUUACUUUUGGUAAGCCACUCACAACCAAAUCUGCACAAACUUUCUCCCCCCCUAUUUAUCAUGAAAUUUUCCCAAAAAAUUCUUGUGUCUGCAAAGUUUUGAUGAGAAACAUGAUCUCGGCAGGUCUGAGUUGAAUUACUUUUUUAUUCUGACUUUUAACACCAUCAGACUUUAGUAUAUCACAAAAAAAAUCUAGUUUUUUUUUCUCUUUAAAAAUCCCCUUAAUGCCAAGACUGGCAGUAAGGUUCAGCCAUGCUGAUAUAGGAAUGGUUUCUUCUCAAAGUGGCAAUAAUGUUAAAAAAAAAUGCCCAUAGAUAUUGAUUGUACUGUAGAGAGACUUUGUGAUGGAAGGGACCUACCCCCCCCCAUGCAAUAACUGCUGUCAAGCCUUGUUUGACAUUGAUGUGAGGUUGAAGUUUGAAGCUCUGUCAACUCAGUAACGCAUCAUUUUGUUGGGUGCCAGCGAGAUUUUGAAGUCAGAACCAAUGAUGGGGAGGUUAAUGGCUGCACAUUAGACUACAAAUGUCAUUUUUUCCUUCUGUCCUAUUCUCUUUAACCCUUGUUUUUUAGAACUUAACUGUUAGAUGCCUGUUUUUAAAGCUGUGGGAAACCCCAGUGUACCCCAUUGCCUCAUAACUGCGUCUGAAUACAAGCCAAAAUCCUGACCAUUUUUACAGCAGUAUAUUGAUUUAAGGUGACCUCGGAGAUCUGCGUAAAAUACCAGCAUAGAAAAAGUAGCCACUGCUACAUUUGCCAUCAAGUCUUUUACGUAAUUUGUUUUAAGGCCUUUUUAUGAACAUUUACAAUCUUACACAUUUAAUAGGUUACACGCAGGUCUGAGGUGAUGUAAAAUAAUGGCAUGUGCUGUUUGGACAGCUUCAAUAAAAAAAUACACACCUUUACAAAUAGCGUGGCAUUGUGAUGCACGGCAUCAAAUCACACGUACGUAGAAGUUCACAGCUUUAAAUAUACAUGCCUAUUGUUUUACACCAUAUUAUGUAAUUUGUGGAUAAAUCCAUUCACACAGCUUUAUAAAUAGGCCCCUUACACUCCCCCAAUCUCGGAUGCCAUUAUUUUUAUUCUCUUGUUUAGAGAUGUCGCGAACUGUUCGCCGGCGAACUUGUUCGCGCGAACAUCGGGUGUUCGCGCUCGCCGGAAGU